UUAAUGUCAUGCUGCAGUUUUUUCAUGACAUCAGAGCAAUUGUAUACUUUGAUCAAGAAUUCCUCAGUGAAGUAAUUAUCCUUGAUGUACAGUGGUUUGCUGAUGCAUUUAAAAAUAUCAUAACAGAUAAAAACCACGCAAAAGAGGAUUUAUAUGCAUUUGCCUCAGAGUGGGACAAAUUCAAUGAAACUGGAGAAUUAUAUGACACAUUGUUGUUUGCUAUAUGGAAAAUGAACAACAAUGGUUACAUUGAACACAAAGACAACAUCAUGCUUUACAUGGAGAAACUAGGACUCUUAGCUAAAAUGAAUGAAGAAAAGUGGUAUGUUCCAUGUAUGAACAAAACACCAUUUCCUGUAAAUUACUUUUCAUCAUACCCUGCCUCAUCCGUACUUUGCUACACAUUUGAUUUUCUUCCUGCGGGAAUUUUCCAUCGCCUCGUAGCAACUUGCAUGCAGAUUCCUUGGGAGGUUUUGGCUGAUAACGAUCAAGGGUGUAUUUACCAGACUGCAGCUAUUUUCGUGUUUCAUGAUUUGCACCAUAACAUCAUGCUUGGAAUGACUCAAAAAGAAAUUCAAUUGCAAGUUUUUGUUGCAGUUGGAGAAGUUGAUGUUUCAAAAUGUCUUCAGAUUAGAGAAAACAUUGAGCGUAUGUUACACAACCUUUCCAACACAUUCCAGAAAAACUCAGAAUUUCACGUUGCGUUCAAAUGUAAACCAACAGGAUUUUGUGACAGCAAGGAGAGCGCGGUCAUAAGUGAAUCUAAGUUUAUAAGAGCAACUUUUCAGUGUCCGUCCUGUCCGGCGAAUGAAAAACAUUGCAUCGACACACAAUAUAUUACAAAAUUUUGGAAACAGGUUCCUGAGGAGGAGUCCAAGAUUAAUAAAGUCAAGAGUGGAAAUGAGGACACAACAUUGACAGAGGCCAUGAAGGGCGCUACAUCUAUCGAAUUACCUUCUACAGAUAAUUCCAGUGAAAAUUUCGACAAAAUCAUGAAGUUGUUGCACAUUGGAGUUGACGCUAUACGAAUCUGCUUUGAUAAAUUCUUUCCAAAAGAGCAUUUAGAAAAGACUCUGAAAGACAAUGAAACAGACAUGAGAAAAGGACAGUUUCGAUUCCAACCACCUCAACUAGAGAUUCUGUUCCCUCCUCAAGGUGGACCCAGCACUGCUGUAUCAUCUCUAUCAAUGGAUAUUACCAUCAUGUAUAAAUUGUUAAGGAACUACUCCGACAUUACUCCUCCUGGGAAUGGAUGGGGAAAGGACCCAAAAGUAGAACACAUUACGGAGAGUGACGACAUAGAGAGGAUUCGUUUAUAUAGAAACAAGUAUUCCCAUGAUGCUGGAAGUAAUCUUGUCAUGAAGGAUAAUGUUUUCAGUGCUAUCUGGACUGAUCUGUCCCAGGCCAUAAUAAGACUGAGUGCUGGUGUAUUGAAAAGAAGGAUCAGUGAAAUAUAAGUGUGGAACUUGCUGAAAUUCACGAUGAGUUUUGAGAAGAUUCUCUUUGGUAACUCGUAAUCAAGACAACAUUGACUGUAGUGUUCACGAAUUAGUUCAUGUACGACUUAUUUAACCGGAUGUUUCCAGGUUUACAGUUUUUGUUUUGUUUAAUACAUUUAAGUUCUCCAUGCUGGCGCAGGAUGCAGCGCAUGUUUGCAGCUACGACUUAAACAUUGUCCAUCCGGCUGAGAGCACAUUGUAAGCUUUUUAUGUUUGUAAAUGUUUAUAUGAUUAUAGUAUUUGAUUUUGCUUAAAUGUUUGCAUAGGUGUCAUACGUUUUGUGUAUUUUCUAGUCGUUUCUUAAAAAUAGCAGAUACCGCCAAAUUUACAGUGUAUGAUUUUGCAUUGAUAUAUUUGCAUAGUUUGCUC